ACCAGCAGUCUUCCUGAUCUGAGAUCAUAACGUCUAGGCUUACAUGCUCACUGUUCUGCUGUCAGUGUGUUUAAAACCCGGGAAACACAUAAGGAAAAAGAAGAAAUACAGGAAAAUGGAUUUUAAAGGGUUAAAAACCACUUGCAGAAACAUCCAGCUGACACAAGUGUUUUCACCACAGGGUUCUUUUUUCUGUUUAACCACAAGAAGAUUCGUGGGCACAGACAUCUGUUUUAAUCUGCAUCUCUGGAGAAAAUGUUGAAAAAAAUUCUCAGAGGUGUGAUCUUAAAAAAAGAGGUGGAUGGAAAGAAAGCCGGUGUUUUACCUCAUACAACCAAGCUCAAGCGUCGGGACUCAUUUCUGUCUGAUCGGUCGACAGGAAACCUUCUUCUCUUGUUCACGUCGUCUUCAAGACGUCUGCUGGAACAAUUUAAGCUUUUUGGAGAAUAAUAUGAGAAUAUUGAUGAACAGAAUGAGAAGAAAAAGGAUGCUGUGACUUUUACCAUGAAAACAAAUAUAACCCAUGGAACUGGCACAUCAUUACCUCACCUGCUGUGGUUUCAGAGCUCCUACAGACAAAAACUGAUGAUGCCAAAUAUGAAACGAAAAAAGACACGUUUCCUGUUUUUUCUAUUUCAUCUUCUUCAAAUGUGCAGAAGUGACACCUGUCCCAAACAAAACAAGGAUCUCACUUGCUACAACGACUACAGUCAUGUCAUCACUUGUGUUUGGAAAAGCUCAUCCGGCUCUGAUCUAACAGACGAAGAGUGUGAAUUAGACGGGGUGAAGGUGCUUGAUGGAGAAGAGUACACCACUUCCUGCACGCUGCAGCCUUCUGACGCCUCUGGACAGAGCCUUAAAAGGUGCUCUCUGGUCUUCAGUGAAACUUAUUUUUUUGUAACAUAUGAUGAGAUCUCCAUCCAUGUGAGCUGCCUCCCUUCAAACCACAGGGAAACCUUUCUCUACAAACCAGCUUGUCACAUUAAACUGAGUCAUCCAGAAAAGCCAGAUGUCAACAUCACCACCGUGUCCUGGAUCCCCCAAGCAAACAAACAUGAAAAUGUUCAGCUUUACGUCUCACAGCUGGAGUGGAAACGUCAGGAUCAGUCAUGGAGUGAUCCCUCUGUUCAGAAACAGAAAAGGAAUAUUGCCUGUCCAUGGAGCUGUGAGGUAAACCUGGAUCCUGAUUUACUGAUGCAGGGUGACACGUACGAGGCCCGUGUUCGUGUGAUGGUGGGGGAGAAGGGCUUAGAAGGAACCUGGAGUGACUGGAGUCCCACUGAGUCAUGGGUGUCACAAGUUGGGGAAAUCAGACCACCUACAGGGAUUUCUGUGGUGGUUUUAAACUUGUCUCUCGCUGGCCUGACAGUGUUUGGCUUGCUGCUGGUCGUCAUCUUCCUCAGAAUGAAAAAAAACACUUGGGUGUAUGUGGUGAAGAAGGUCUCGGGUCCACCUAUACCAAAUCCUGCAAAAGCUGCACACUUCCAGAACUGGUCAAGUCCAAACUUCACCAGUGAGUCCAUUCACUCCUUCCUGAAACCAGUGGAGAUCGUCUCUGUUGAAGUCACCUCCAGCGUGGAUGCCGUCACGUUCUGUGAACCAGAUGUGAAAACGAUGCCAGAAAGCAUCAGCCGCGAGUCCUCUGGUUCCAGCUUCUCCAACCCAAGCUACUCUGAGCUUUGUUCUUCUUCCACCAAGUCCUCAGCCGCAGCUGGAGACCUGAUGCCCUGCUCCAUGGAUGCUCCUUACAAGCCUGUUUGUGGCCAGGGAGAAGAGAAGAACCCAGAACAGGGUAGAGAGGGAGCUUCAGAGAAAGACAUGGAGAUCAUGAAGUUAAUUCUUAAUGGCAGUAGUGACAGCAAGGCGGUGAAGAUGAUUUCAGAAUACGAGAAGGUUAAGGACGUCCAGGUGGAGCGUUUCAGGCUACGCAGUGUUGAUUCAGGCAUGUGCAGCUGUGAGGAGGUCAGUCAGGAGAGCAUGGAGGUAGAUAGCAUCAACAUGACAGAUGGACAGGAGGAGGCAAGUCCAAGUGAAGAGAAGAAGAAAGGAGGGGAUGGGAUGAAGGUAGAUCACUUAAAGUUGGUUGGGAGGAGUGGGGGCAUGUUGGGCAGAAACACCAUUCAGGUUUGUCUGGAUUACAAACCAUUCCCAAAGCUGCAGGCUGGAAGUCCCGAGCUUCCAAGCCUGGAUUCAGGAAUUAGCUGCAGAGAGGAAGAGCGUGAGAGUCAGGAUGAUAAACCUGCUCACUUCCUGUCCCCUCCCCAUCCUUCCACUCAAUUUAAUUUUCCGAGUCCACUUCUGCCCGCCCUUCCAUGUAUGUUUGAGAAGAUUCCUCUGAUGUCAGACAGCAUGCCGCUGCUGCUCUGUGAUGACGGCUACAAGCCGGUGAGACAGGAGCAGGCCUAGAAACAGACAGCAGGCCUCACAUGAACAUCUGAAGGAUCCAGCAGACCUACACAAUCAGAUCUGUGACUUCAUUUAGUAGACCAUGUGAAGAGAAGAUUCAAACGUGGGUGACUUUCAUAAAAUUAGGGACAUUUAUUAUCUUACAUGCUGAAAGUAAAUUUCUCAAAUUUGUAAAAUUCUGAUCGGAUUGAUAAGCUAACGGACAGUUGCAGCAGCCACUGCUACUGUCAAAAGAUCAUUCAUGGCAUUUUGUGUUGAUGUUAAGCUUUUAUAUCAUUUUAAAUGUUGUAUUUUGGGAUCAUUAACAUGGGGAAACAACAAGUUGUAGCUAGCCAGCUCAAUGGCCUAGUGGUAGUGUCCACCCUGGGACUGGAAGAUUUGUGUUCAAAUUGCAGUCGGGUCAUACCAAAGACUAUAAAAAAUGGGACCCAAUGCCUCCCUGCUUGACCCCCGUCUUCAUGGGGUUGGAUUGGGGGGUUAAACCACCAAAUAGUUCUUAAACGCGGCCGUAUCUGCAGCUCACCGCUCCCCACAGUGUGUGACAACUAUGAGACUUUAAUCAUUUAAUCUUCCUGUGCAGCUUCCGUCGCAUCCCACGGCAACCUCAGGCUACUUCUGCUCUAAAAACAGUAAAAUUUAAAAUGCACAUUAAUAUGUUGGGAAAUUUUCAUCUGCAUGAGAUCUCAUUUUUUAAAAGACUGAUUGUGUUUGUGGUGGCAGUGGUUGUAGGCUCAUCCCUCUUUUCUGAAUUAGUCUAAAUAACUGGCGUCAAAUCCACAAAUCCUGCUGCUGGUUUUAAUCACACGUCAGGAAACCCCUGGAGAGGUCAGAGGUCAACACCUCCUAAAGAUGAAAGCUUUGCUUAUUUAUGUGAGAAGUGAUCAUUUCUGUUAUUUAUUUCAAAUUAAAAAAGUGCAGUGUGUUUC